CAUGUAGCCACUCAGGGAUCAGAUGGUCCCUGGGGUCAGCGUCUGGAGGUUCAGCUCUGGGGCUGCCCCGUGGCCACCUGCUCCACUCCAUGAGGUCAAAGGUCUCUCGUGCCAUCGGCCUCUAGUGGGGCCGGGCGGGAAUGGGGCUUCUGACCUUUGCACCCGGCUAACAUCCGACCUCUCCCCAGAUGUCGGGGGGCCUGCAGACCCCAUCGCGCCCACCGUCAUCAUCCCUCCCAAGAACACCAGCGUGGUGGCCGGGACCUCGGAGGUUACCAUGGAGUGCGUGGCCAACGCCAGGCCCCUGAUCAAGCUGCACAUCGUCUGGAAGAAGGACGGGGUGCCGCUGUCGGGCGGCAUCAGCGACUACAACCGCCGGCUGACCAUCCCCAACCCCACGGGCGGCGACGCCGGCUACUACGAGUGCGAGGCCGUCCUGCGCAGCAGCAGCGUCCCCGCUGUGGUCCGGGGCGCCUACCUCUCAGUGUUGGAGCCGCCUCAGUUUGUCAAAGAGCCGGAGAGACACAUCACGGCGGAGAUGGAGAAGCUGGUGGACAUCCCCUGUCGGGCCAAAGGUGUGCCGCCCCCCUCCAUCACCUGGUACAAAGACGCCGCGGUGGUCGAGGUGGAGAAGCUGGCCCGCUUCCGGCAGCGCGGCGACGGCAGCCUGCAGAUCAGCGGCCUGGCGCCCGACGACACCGGCAUGUUCCAGUGCUUCGCCCGCAACGCCGCCGGCGAGGUGCAGACCUCCACCUACCUGGCCGUCACCAGUGAGUCGGGCCUUCCCUGUCCUGCCACCCCCCCAGUCCCGCUUGCCCGGGACGCGGCCGUCCUGCAAGCCGGGGGCCCUUCCGAGAACAGCACGCUCCGCCACGCCCAGACGGGAGCCCGGAGACGGCCCCUUGCGCGGUGGUGCCCGCUGCUUCUGCAGCCCGAGUCCAGAGCUGCGGGGGACUCCCCAGCCCCUGGAAGUUCCCCCCAGUGUCCCGGAGCCCGGGAUGGCUCACGGGCUCUGUGAGCAAAGGAGCUGGGGAGCCGCCGGUUCCAGCUGUGGCCCUCGCCUGGCCCUGGGGUCCCGGGCAGGGCUGAAGCCACCCGUCCCCGGCGAGAGGGCCUGCUGUUCACUUUGCAAAGAAGAGAACCAGCGCUUUCAACAUAGUCCCCCCCUCCUGGCAAAUGCCUGUCCCCUCUCGGAGUCUGUGUUAGG